GGGGGAAGCUUUACAAUUAUAGGGUCUUUUCCCUACCCUUCCAAAUACCAAUAAUUUUUCCUCCUUUCUGAAGGAUUGGGGCUGUAUUUUUAAAAGCCAGCACAAAUUGUCUGGCAGAAAAGACUCUUCAACUCCUAACAAGGUUCAUGUAUUAACUAACAUGUUGUCUCCAUACACUGUCUGCUUUUGGGUUCGAAACUUUAUUUUUCCCCCCUAGCGACACUCCAGGGAAACCUUAACGUUACAGAAGAUGAAUAAACGAGUUUUUUCCCAGCGUAGUCCCGUUUAUGGCUUUAUUGCUACCCAUUGAUUACUCCGCUUUGUUACACAGAAGGAAAAGAUCAUAAAAUCCUGGCGACAUCCGGGUUCUUGUUAUAGCCAUUUCCCACCCACCCCCAAAGUGGUGAGAGGAAAAUAUGAGCUUUCACUGCUCCCUGCCCACUGUCCACCAUCCCCUCUUUGUCAACUCAAAGCAUUUUCAGCCUGUGUCACGAUAUCGAAUUAAGUUUGGAAUAAUCAGGAGAAAAAAAACCAUCUGCACACUUUCCUGCUGUUUCAUUUUGCCCACUGCGGCUCCCUAGAAGUCUCGCACUCAGCUGCCUUUUCCUAACCGCUUCUUCCUUUUUCUCAUCCUCAAGGUGGAAAAAAAUGGGGUUAGAGGCUUCAGAGAGGCUGGCCCCACUAGGGACGACUGGUACUUGGGGAGAGCUCCCGAGCAGUCCUUUGCUGAAAUCUCCAAGCCCCAGAGCUCAGAUCCAGGGGCACCUUCCCUGUUGGGGCCUGAGUCUGGAGGGGACAGGGGGCUCUGACCUAUGCAAGGGCUUGAGCCUGCAAGAAGCUAACUGUCCAUCAGAGCCCCAGCACCCUUCUCUUUCUGGCUGGAUCCAAUGUGAAUUACCCCACCGGCCCUUGCUGGCUCCAAAUCAUAAAUUCUCACCAACAUAAACAGGAGUUGAUGUCCCCAGAAAGACUCACAGUUUUCUUUCUUCUUCCUUUUCUUCCCUUCUCUCUCUUUCUGACCUUUUACUUCUUUUUCUUCUUAUUCUCUGCAUUUUUAUGCAUUUUCCCCUUUAGGCAAAAAUGCUGUAAGAGUUGUGUCAAAAGGGGGUUCUUGAGGAGGAGGCAGAAGGGGACAAGGAGGCAAAAAAGCAAAUGCAUGGCUCCUUUGCCCACUUCAGCUCUGCCACUGUACCCCGAAUUCUUAACCUUGACCCUUUAGACAUAGUUGCCUCUCACAUCCCUCCUAUACCCAAGAUUCUCAGCUACAUUCUCCUUCCUCUGGGCACAAUGUUUUAUGAAAUUUCAUUCUACUUCUGAUUUGUUUAAUUAUUGGGGAAAAUACCAGUUUAGUGAUAGGGACUUUCUCCAUGGAGUGUCAAAUCAAGGUUUCCUAUAGGUUUCUGGGGACCUGGGUGAGCUGGGAGGGAGCUCAUCCCAUGAAGAAACAUGAACCUAACUUUAGAAAGGGGGCAGAUAUAAAAGAUGAAAUCAGAUUGAAAAUGCAGGGAUUUCUUCAGCCCUGGCUCUGGCCACAGUACAGCAAAGUUAGCUGGGGCUGAGACAUUUCCUGGGAGAGCAGCUCUCCUUCUCUGGGCCCCAAGGCCCUGUUCUGGGAUGUGCACCCCUCCUUCACCCCCAGACCAGUUCUCUUAUAUAUACAUAUGUAUAUAUAUUUUAAAGAAAUCCAAGUCUUACUUUCAAAGCACACACUUAGUCUCAACUAGGGAAUCAACAGAAGCAGAAGCGAUUUUUUUCCCCCUUCUUGACAUCUGGCUUACGAUUGGCUGGAAGGGGGUCAGCUGACUUUGUCAUUUUGUCUGUCCUGGAUUGGAGCCGUCCCUAUAACCAUCUAGUUCCGAGUACAAACUGGAGACAGAAAUAAAUAUUAAAGAAAUCAUAGCCCGACCAGGUAAAGGCAAAGGGAUGAAUUCCUACUUCACUAACCCUUCCUUAUCCUGCCACCUCGCCGGGGGCCAGGACGUCCUCCCCAACGUCGCCCUCAAUUCCACCGCUUAUGAUCCAGUGAGGCAUUUCUCGACCUAUGGAGCAGCCGUUGCCCAGAACCGGAUCUACUCGACUCCCUUUUAUUCGCCACAAGAGAAUGUCGUGUUCAGUUCCAGCCGGGGGCCGUAUGACUAUGGAUCUAAUUCCUUUUACCAGGAGAAAGACAUGCUCUCAAACUGCAGACAAAACACCUUAGGACAUAACACACAGACCUCAAUCGCUCAGGAUUUUAGUUCUGAGCAGGGCAGGACUGCGCCCCAGGACCAGAAAGCCAGUAUCCAGAUUUACCCCUGGAUGCAGCGAAUGAAUUCGCACAGUGGGGUCGGCUACGGAGCGGACCGGAGGCGCGGCCGCCAGAUCUACUCCCGGUACCAGACCCUGGAACUGGAGAAGGAAUUUCACUUCAACCGCUACCUAACGCGGCGCCGGCGCAUCGAGAUCGCCAACGCGCUCUGCCUGACCGAGCGACAGAUCAAAAUCUGGUUCCAAAACCGCCGCAUGAAGUGGAAAAAAGAAUCUAAUCUCACGUCCACGCUCUCGGGGGGCGGCGGAGGGGCCAAUGCUGACAGCCUGGGCGGAAAAGAGGAAAAGCGGGAAGAGACAGAAGACGAGAAGCAGAAAGAGUGACCAGGACUGUCCCUGCCACCUCUCCCGUCUCCCUCGCUCCCCCCAAACUCUACUCUAAUCACACACUCUAUUUAUCACUGGCACAAUUGAUAUGUUUUGACUCCCUAAAACAAAAUUAGGGAGUCAAGUGUGGACCUGAAAGUCAGUUCUGGACCCCCUCCCUCGCGGCACAACUCUUUCACCAGGCUCCCUCCAUAGCUCUUUCUGGGAUAGUCUGCAGGCCCCUUCCCCCGCCCAGGCCUUGGGGGCUCAAUCCCAGAACUCAAACUCCACAAAUUUCCCUCCAAAUGAGGACGUGGCUCCCCCAACUCCCUGGAGGCCCCCGCCCCGGCCCCAGCGCAGAGAGCCGGCUCCAGGGCCCUGGGGCCUCUGCUCCGGGGCCUCAGGGACCGGCCUGGCAGCCAGGGAGGGCAGAAGGCCCAAGGAGGGUGAGCCUUGGCCCCACUCACCCCCAGGGCUUCCCCCACAGUCCCUUCCCGGCCCCUCUACCCCAGCAAAUGCCCAGCCCUGGCAAAUUGUAUUUAAAGAAUCCUGGGGGUCAAUAUGGCAUUUUACAAACUGUGACUGUUUCUGUGUGAAUAUUUUUAGCUGUAUUCGUGGUUUCUGUAUUUAUAUUUAUGUUUAGCACCCAUCAGUGUUCCUAUCCCAUUUUAAAAAGGAAAAAAAAAAAGAGGGAAAAUUACAAAAAGAGAGAAAAAAAGUGAAUGACGUUUGUUUAGCCAGUAGGAGAAAAUAAAUAAAUAAAUAAAUAAAUCCCCUCGUGUUACCCUCCUGUAUAAAUCCGAUCUCUGGAUCCGUCCUCGAAUAUUUAAUAAAACUGAUAUUAUUUUUAAAAGUUUA